AUGUGCGGCACUGUGAUUGGCACAGCUUUGGAAGAACGGUCGUAUAGCUUUUGGAGACUUGAGAACUAUGCUGAAGAACACGAGAAUCGUGAUGAGAAUCGUGAGUUCAGAAGUUUUCACAUGCAUCACGGUAUGAGUCAUGAUGGAUCAUGUGGCUCCAACUUCCCAAACCUAUCGGCUCCAGCACCUGGCUUCAUCAGCCGAGCAGAUAAUGUGCCUGUCCGUGGUCGCUGUUUCAGUAAUUGGAAGGUUCAUGUUGUGUUUUUUUUUUCCGAAACAGUAUUCACUGGGGUUCUCUCCUGGGGAAAAAGAACCUUCUGCUGA